CGGGACAUAUACGAUCCUUCCCUUGCUAGGGGGGUUCGGCCGUUCAUGUGAAGCAGAACCGGCGUGCAUCUGCUUGGGGCUCGUCGUUGACUGAGCCAGCCUCCCGUGCCCCUGUUUUUUCCCCAAUUCGCCGCGCCCCGUGUCGAUCAGGAUGACUUCAUCCGGCUCCACCAAGGAGCUCGCCAAAGCGCUCAAUGGCUUCUUCCAGGCCCCGACGCUUCCCCUCCCGUCCGAGAUUAACGACAUUAUUGCGGCCUACCUCGAGAAACAUGAGGAACCCGACGAAGGCUCGGGAGAGCGGCUAGACGACGAGUUGUUGGGCAUUUGGGAGAAGGUCGUGCAGGGCCGCCCGGAGAAAUACGCCGCCUUUCUUGCUGUCUUGCGUCACCUCCAUCCAGGGCUCCGAACACCGGCAAAGAUUUUCAAAUGGUGGGACAAGCUUCUCGACCCGGUUCUGGAUCAUGUCGGCCGGGAGAAGGGAUUGGCGAGGGAGGUUAUGACCCACACCCUCGAUCUCCUCUCGGCCGAUGAGUACGACGACCCCGCCGCCUGGGGCGAGGAGGGUUUGACGUCGGUCGUCGACCGGCUGCUCACGAGGUGGAUGCAGGUUCGUGAGGCCCAGCCGGAUCUCCGCCCUUCCACCGACCUCAAGGAGCAGAUGAUCAAGAACGCGCUUAUGGCGUUUGGCAAGAGGGAUCCUAAGGGCUUCAUGGCGGCCUUGAAUGGCUACUUUGUCAGGAGGGAGCAUCGAAACUCGGCGCUCAGCCUGCUCUGCGCUUACGUGUCCAGCGGGCCGCCGCACUUGCACCUCAUCUUGCAGACACCGCUCUUCGUCAACAUCUUGCACUCCCUUCAGAAAGACGAAUCGACCGCGACCGUCAAUCUAGCUCUCAUAACCCUGACUAUGAUUCUGCCGUUCAUACCAAGUUCUCUGGGUCCUUUCCUUCCUACCUUGUUCAACAUCUACGCUCGGUUGCUGUUCUGGGACCGGAAUUCGUAUUUCACCAAGCAGCAUACCGAGAUGGGCGCCGAAAACGACGAGGGCGGCGCUGGGGUUCCUUGGGAAACAUCCCUGCUAGAUCCCGACUAUGACGGACACUCCAUUUCCUACCUUCCCGAGUACUUCACGGUCCUCUAUGGCUUGUAUCCCAUCAACUUUCUCGAUUACAUCCGCAAGCCCCAAAGGUAUCUGCGCCAUGCGAACAAUGCCGAGGAUAUUGACGUCCAAGCUAUGGAGAUCCGGGACCGAUCCGAACAGUUCAGAAAGCGGCACCUCCUGCAUCCGAACUUCUACCAUUUUACCAUCGAGUCCGAAAAGACCGACAUGAGCCGCUGGAUCAAGAGUGAGGCAGAGGAGGUUCUGGCCGAUUGCAUGGCUUUGGUCGUCGACCACCCAGCUGACCCCACCCCUGCUGGACCGGCCAUGCCGGAUCUUGCCCCGUCUGGCUCAGGCGCAGCCGACGGCCUCGAGCAGGAAAUUAUGGAUCCUGCUCUCCUGGGCAGUUCCGCCAUUGGCGGUUCGCCGCAUCCAGCGGUUUCUGUGAGAUCGCUCCCCGUUAGCGUUACUCGUAGUCCUUCAUUACGGCAGGCUUCUCAGUCCAGCCACCCCUCGGGACACGACACGUCGGAGCAGAAAAGUCGGGGACCCGACGAUGAUAGUCCCACUCUGCCGCCGGACCUUGACCAGUCGCAAUCUCACACUCGCGUCCCGGACGCGGCGCCGGCAGCGAGUGCCGUCAAGAGUGGUCUGCACCAAUCGCAUGCCAACGACAGCGUACCUUCUCUCAUGCUCAGCCCUCAAGAGCAAGGGGGUGAAAAGAGCCCACGGUUCCUCCCACUCGCCCAUGCUCCCGGGCGCAAUGCAGAGCCCACUAGCGGGAUUAACGACCAGAUAGAUCUUCUGCAGCACCACCGGUUCCGCUUAGUUAACGAUCUGCAGUAUGAGAGGUUUGUCAAACAGCAGCACAUGGUACACAUGGGGGAAUUGCGACGGCGACAAAUAAGAGUGUCGGCUACCGAAGCCGAGACGCAGAACCUUGUCAUCGCGAACCGCAGCUUGCGGCAGCGGCUUGAUGAGGCCAAAAGGGGCGAGGCGCAGAUCAGGAAAGAGUUUGACCAUCGCCGCAGCAUGGCCAAGAAGUGGGAGAGCGACUUGUCGAACAAGCUGCGGGCACUCCGUGAGGAGCAGAAGAAGUGGAAUGCCGAAAGUAUCCAACUGAAACAGCAGUUAGAAAAGGCGCAAGCAGAAUGCGAGAAUCUGCGCCGCGUUGUUGAAGAGGCGGAGAAGAAGCGACUCGAAUCCGAACAGAAUCUCGAAGCGGUUGAUAUCAGCACGGCCAUGAUUGAGCGGCUCAAAAGCGAGAUUGCUCGGCUGUCGGCCGUGGAACGAGAGUAUCAGGGCAAAGAAGCGAAGAUGGAGGCCGCCGCGCAGCAGGCCGCCGCGGCAGAAGCGCGCGCACAGCAGAUGGCGCUGGAGGUCGCUGCGCGGGAACAACAGCUCAGCGAGGCGACGCGUCACUUCGAGACGCAGAUAGAGGACUUGAGAGCGCAACUCGCCAGCGCACUCCAGGAGAAGCCGAGAAAACCGUCCGGCGACGUGGCGGCAGCGUAUGAAAGCGCCAUCUCAUCGGCCCGAGCAAAGCAGACGGAACUCCAGAAGCAAUACGACGCGCUCAUGAAGAAAUACACAGCUCUUCAAUCGACGCUGUUGGAUAUGCAAUGCAAUGCUAGGCAGCGCGGAGGGAGAUCUGAGCCCGAUUCAUCAGCCGAGGGCGAGGGCGAAUCGCUGGCCGCGGCCCGAACCCCGAUGGCGAUCCGCAGCCGCCGGCGCGGGUUUUCAGACCCGGAGAACGCGGAGGGAACGGCGCAUGGCGCGGUGUCACCGCCGCGGGCGCCCAUCUCGACCUCGCUUGAGUCGGCAUCCCAUCGCCCGCCGAGUCCACCAGAGCAAGCCGGGCCGGAGGACGGGCCCGGCUCGGGGAAAAGCAACCCGCAGGCUGAAAGGUACUUUGGCCGAGGAGGUGUGCAAAACGCAGCGCGGACAGAGCGCAGGGAAAAGAGGGAGGAGAAGGCCGAGAAAAAGGACAAAAAGGAUAAAAAGCUGGGCGGCGGCUUCCGGGGGCUCCGGAUGGUAUGAUGAAUGCUGAGAUUGGAGACAGGAUGUGUCUCGAGCAUCAACAUCUAGGAGGUAAGGUGAGAUGGGAACACGAUGAUUUGCAGCCCGCGUUCUGCCGUCGUCUGUCCCCUCCCGCGUCCAGGGUACAUUGAAUGUGUGGGGGAUGAGAUCUGCAGGGGUUCGCUCCCGUUCCUGUGCCAAGCCUUUCGGGACUCCGCCCAGGUUUACUGUCGCAUU